GUAGUUCUAUAUAAACCGGUUUUCCUGGUUCCCAUUCUCUCAUCAAUCAUCCUAUAGUUGCUCCCCUAUUUCAGCAUCUCAAUUUAAGAAAGGUGUGAAGGCAUGCCGAUCCCGGAAAAGGACGGGGUGGAGGACAAUCAAGAGGAUGAUACAUUUUCAAGGUUGCAAUUGCUUGCACAACAACGACAUGCCAUGGAGAAGUUCUGGAGGAUGAGCCAGGAACAGAUCGAAGAAUCCGCAGGCAACGAAGAGCUUAUACUGCCGAUUUCCCGUGUCAAGAAUAUCAUCCAUGCAAAGGAGGGUGGUAUGAUGUUAUCUGCUGAUACCCCAGCUUUUGUAACAAAACUUUGUGAACUUUUCGUCCAGGAGCUCAUCCUUCGUGCUUGGGUGUGCGCCAACUCACACAAUCGUGAAAUCAUACUUGGCACAGAUAUUGCUGAGGCAAUCACCACCACAGAAUCCUAUCACUUUCUUGCUAAUGUAGUCCAUGGCCACCAGGCGCUAGGAAGCAACAUACCAGAGAUAGGGGUUUCUGCUUGGAAGCGCCAUAAGCUAGAUGAAAUGACCUCACUCUGCCAUCCUCCCCAAGCAGUGCAGGUCACAGAUUUAGCUAACCAUCCACCCAAUAUUCCUGUUUGUCCUCCUAUAGGUCAAUCGGGUACUCAGCACACAACAUCUACACAUGUUUUGAUGAUGCAAGGAGAAUCUAUUCACAAGGCAAGUAAAGAAAAAUCCCCACUGAAGGAAGUGAUGGUGCCGACCAACAAGGUGGGCAUGACCAACAGCUCUUAUGGAGUUCCUAAUGGUGGUGGUGCUACUAGUAGUAAAGUUGUUAUUGAUAGCCCGAAAGGCGAAACAGCACAAGUUUUCUCUUCCCAGCAUGCAUGUCCUUCCCUAGAAGAUAACUAUGUUAUUCCCAUUCCUGCUGGACAUGGUGAUAGUUUUCGUACUCUUGAUGAGGCCAAUAUACCCCAGCUACAUCAGGAGCAGAAAAACUUUAUUUCACAAGAUGCUAUUGUUGGUGAAAACAUUCCGCUGAAUGAGUCUUUGGAAAAGAGCAAGCAUAAGGAUGAGGACUUACUUUUUCCUGACAAAGAUCUUCCUGAGUGAUCUACAAGACAGAAGAUGAAUUUCAUGACAAUACUAGGAAUACAAAAUAAGCAACGAACUGAAGAAGGAUGCAUCCUGGUUAAUCCAUCGACCAUGUCUUAGUAGAGUUUUCUUCUGUGUUUCUGUGUUGAAGCUUUAUGAUUUACCUUAUACUUUAGUCAAGAUGAAUAAGAAAUAAGUAUGUGUUUCCGUGUGAGGCGGUAAUAUGUAGUACCUUGUAUUUCCAUCCAUCUUCGUAUGGACAAUAAUAAUAAGACCUCUGUUUGCUUCAUGAUAUAA